UCAGCAACCCUAUGCGACUUACUAGCUUACUGUCUGUAAUCAUUGCAAAAACGUGGACAAAUGUUCGUCCAAUACUCUAUUUAUAUUCCGAUGCAAACAUGUCAGAGUUAAAUCUUCUUGAAAUACUGAAAAUGUUCGAUGUAUACCUUGCUCUGUUAGAGAAUUCUACUCUUGGCAAAGAUAUCGACACGGAAAACGUUGUCAAAGCCUUCCAAUGCGCUCAAUUUAUCGAAUCUACAAUCGCUAAAGCGUACGAAAUAGGCAAGGAGAACAUUCUAGAAAAUCAUCUUCGUAAUCACUGGUUAGAAGAAAAUAGGUCACACGUAUAUACCUUUUCCGAAUUAAAAACUGCCUGCGAUAAACUGUUAGAAACCUACCUGAAAGAUGCCACCGUAUCGACCAACGUCAUAGACGAAUUUUUGAAAUUAUAUGUUCAAUACUACGGCAGCGAGAGACUGAACAAUUUUCUUAGAUGCAUAGUAAUUAACGGAGUGUGUACAAAUAUAGUCAUAGAAUCGUUAGGAAACCUAGGCAUCUCUGAAUCCGACAUGCAGGACGAAGCUUUAAUUAUGUCUUGGGACUUAUCAAUCGGCAAUGGUAAUCGGCACGAGGUUUUAGAAUGCAUUUGCGAAAUGUUUGACGACGGUUUACAUUCAAAAAUUGUUCGACUAGCUGUUAAUUCGCACGACAAGAGUAAAGUAAAACAAUUAAUCGUUAAGCUGCUAUCGAACAAACUCGUCGAUAACGACGUUAAUGUUUGUCUAGCGCUUGCAAAUGUAGACAAGAAAUCGCUUUGGAAAUUAAUUCAAAGCGAUUCGGAGUUUUACACGAACUUUCUCGACGCUGUAUUUUAUUUUGCGCGUCACAUGAAACGAGUCGAGAACGAUUGGACAUCGGACUGCGAAUUCGAGUACGAGCAUCUUCUCAGAAUAGUAAAAACAUUGGUAAAUGGGCCCGCAGGAAUUUCAGAUGUGAUACGCAACAGGGUGCAAUUAGUUAAAAUGCUCCCAAAUGGUACAAUUUGGCAUAAAAUUGAGAAAGAUAUCGGAUGACUCAGCGUACCAGAUAAUACACCUUUCACUGCUGUAUUGAAAUUUGCGGCUGAAGAAUUUAAAGUCUCACCAGCCACAUCUGCGAUAAUCACGGAUGAUGGAAUAGGCAUCAAUCCGCAACAAACAGCAGG